CACAAAUGACAACUAGAAGAUGAAAAGCUUUUUAUUGUUCAUCAUUAAACAGUUAAUCACAAAUCCAAUGAAAAGCCACAAACUUGAACCGUAAAUUAGAGUAAGGUUUCAGUACCACUCCAUGACAUGAUAAAAUAAGAAUCUGAUGUCUGCUAACCACAAAAGAAAAAAGACAGUUUCUGACAUGAUAAAGCCCUAAUAAUAAUAAAUCAUACCAUAUCACAAAGUCACAAAGUUAGGACAGUACCCUUAAACCCCAUAUUCAAUUAGGCAGCCUGAAGUAUGAACGCUCCUUUUCUUAUGAUAAAAGGAUUCCUUUAGAGUGGACAUCCUUCUCUUCUCUAAAAAGCAAUUUUGACCAAAAUGAGCACUAUAUCAUACACUACCACAGCACUUCAAAUUACUAUUCUAUUCAUCUUUCAUUUUCUUCCCCAAACUUUGUGUUAAUUUUGUAUUUUGUUUCCCAGUCAGCAUUGGAUCGGAUAUCCUAAACACAGACGCUUCUUCAAUUACAGUAAACAUCCACCCAAAAAGAAAAUUCUUUUCCACGUAAAAUUAACAAAGUUCGAACAUAAAAAAAUCGACCUCUUUUCGAUAACUAUCAUUCCUUACCUAUUCCUUUUCGAGUUAGAUAGAGACCCUAUAAACCUAAACGGCAAGCGUAAUACUUUCUUGUGCAACCUCUCUUUCCCUGCACCUCAUCCUCUAAUAAAAGUGAUUCCUUGCAUGUCCCACCCCUUUCAACUUUAAAAUAUUCCCUCCACAAAUACAAAAAUGAUGCCACCUAAACUUUUAAACAGUUGCACACCUGCAUCUCAAAGCCAAUUUUGAGGUUUUCAGCAUCUUCCUCAUUUCCUACAAGAUGGCUUCAGGAUUAGAGUUUUCCUGCCAAAACUAUGCAGAGACCUCAAAUCACCGAGAUAAAUGUCCGCAUGGAUUGCAAUGGGUGUGUGCAGAAGAUAAAAAAGGCACUGAAUGGCAUCAAUGGGAUAUAUGAUCUCUACAUCGACUUUCCCCAGCAGAAGUUAACAGUAAUUGGAUGGGCAGAUCCUGAAAGAAUCAUCAAAGCUAUAAAGAAAGUCAGGAAAGUUGCUACCAUCUGUUCUCACACAGAAGCACCAGAUCCUAAUUCCCAGCAAGCUGAACCAUCACCACCAGAUGGCGGAGCCCCAUCAUCAGAUGCAGGGGCACCACCCCCAGAUGGAGGGGCACAACCUCAAGAUGCGGGAAACGCUCAGCCAGCAGAGCCUCCAAAAUCAGAAGAAGCACCCCCACCACAGGAACCACCAAGUGAUCAACAACCACCACCACAACCACAACCACCUGAAAAUCCACAGGCUCAAAUUCUACCACCUGAAUCAAACCCUCCAACUGAACCCCAACAACCACAGCAAGCAGACGCUUACAGACCAAGGGAUGUAGAGGAGGUUCAUGUAGUAUACCACAAUCCACCUGACUAUAGUUAUCGAUAUGGUCAUAGCAAUGGGUAUGGACCUGGAUACAGUCAUAGUUAUGGUGGACACUGGAGCAGCCAACCAGGACCUAGUCAUAGACACGAGCAACCCCCUCAACCUAUUUAUCACAAACAACCACAUCAAUCUGUAUAUCAUGAACCACCACCUCAACCUCUUUAUCAUGAGCGUCCUAGACCCAUCUAUCAUGAACCACCACCUCAUCAUGUUUAUCAUGAAACACCACCUCGUCUUGUAUAUCAUGAACCACCAUCUCGACCUAUAUAUCGUGAACCACAAUCACGACCUAUUUAUCAUGAGCCACAAUCACGACCUAUUUAUCAUGAGCCACCAUCUCAACCUAUUUAUCGAGAGCCACCAUCUCAACCUAUGUAUCAUGAAUCACCAUCUCAACCUAUUUAUCAUGAACCACCAACUAGAACUGUUUACCAUGAACCACCACCUCAACCUCCUCGCACGACUCACAGUUACAACAUGUACAGACCAUCAUCUUCCAUCACAGAAUACCAAUAUGUACGAUCACCACCACAACAAGCAGCCUAUGGUCUGACGGACCAUUACAAUAUGGAUUCAUAUCGCAAUAGCGCAGCAAGUAAUGGGAAUGUUACUUCAAUUUUCAGCGAUGAAAAUCCAAAUGCAUGUACAAUCGUAUAGGUUCAAGAGUUUCAUUGCGAAUGGAGAAUCCUAUUUCUUUGUCCAUUCAGGUUGAUAGGUUGGAAAGCUAGUGGGCCAUGGCAUGACAUUAAGUGGCAAUCAAUUAUUGUAUAAGCCUGUGAUAAUGCCGUGACAAGAAUCAGAUUCUUACUUGUGGUUAGAGAGGAAUUGAUGCGAUAUUCUGCCUUACCUAGAGGUCUAACAUACAGCCUUAUAAAACAAAUAUAUAAAGAAACAUGUGCACAUUUUUGUUUUAUACUAGGGCUUGUACUUUUAGAAGAGAAGAUACUGUCUAGGUUAAAGUCAUCAGCAAAAUGGUCUAUCUAGGUGCUUUAACAUGAUUGAAAUGUGUAAAUUUCACAAUACAUUUUUUAAU